GCCGCUGUUAACACUAGAGAGCAUAAAAGUCAGUGAAACACAAAUGGCGACAGUUUAUAUUGUUUCUUGAAAAUAGACAUUAUUUGUAAAGUACAUUUAUUUAAGUAAGAUGGCGAAUACAGUUACUCUCCCGCAAAAGAAAUAUUACAGACAGCGAGCGCAUUCAAAUCCCAUUGCAGAUCACUGCAUAGAGUAUCCACAAACACCAGCAGAUAUGGACUGGUCAACUUUGUAUCCAAAUUGUUUCACAAAAGAAAAAUCUGACAGAGCCACAUCACCCACAAAAUCAGUUGAAUUUGCAGAUAUAGGAUGUGGCUAUGGUGGUUUGCUUGUUACACUGUCACCAAUGUUUCCUGAAAGCCUUAUCCUUGGAAUGGAGAUCAGAGUCAAAGUAUCUGACUAUGUGAUGGAUCGUAUAGCUGCCCUUAGAUCUCAACAUCCUGGAAAAUAUCAGAACAUUGCCUGUCUGCGUACUAAUGCUAUGAAAUAUCUUCCAAACUAUUUCAAUAAAGGACAGCUGAAAAAGAUGUUCUUCUUGUAUCCAGAUCCACAUUUCAAGAAAGCAAAGCACAAAUGGCGAAUCAUUAAUACAGCACUAUUAGCUGAAUAUGCAUAUAUUUUGGCAGAGAAUGCUAUUGUGUAUACUAUAACAGACGUGAAGGAUCUUCAUGACUGGAUGGUACAACAUUUUGUAGAGCAUCCUCUAUUUGUUCGUUUAAAUGAGGAGGAAUUGAGUUUGGAUCCAGUGAUAGAAAAACUAUAUAAUAGCUCAGAGGAAGGACAGAAAGUGACCCGUAACAAAGGAAGUAAAUUUUUGGCUGUGUUCAGAAGAGUCAUGGACCCUCAUGAAGGCGAGGUGCUUAUUAAGACCAUCAUAUGGACAAUGAGGAGGCAGUAAGCACUUCUAAAAUGCUGGUCAAUUUCUGUGAGAUUACAUGGCACUACAACCCAGAAGACAGCCAUCUUCAGACUCACCACCGUGAAAACCUCAAAUCCUACAUAAACUCUCAACAUUUCACAUUUCUAGAGACAGAAAUGGCUUUUUUUUUUGUUUCUUCAUAGACCCAUGCCUCCCAAAGGAAAUAUAAACAAUAACAAUGUAAGGCAUAAAAGGCAUGAACAAAGGAAACAAAAUAAUGUUUUUAAAAGGGUAAAUACAUUUUUCUCAUUCUAUAACCUUAUUCACCAUGAUAGGAGCAAGCCCUACACUAAUAUGAAGGUAUGUCUGAACUUGGCAGUAUGUAUAGCCACAAAUAUGGUCCAAAGAUUUCCCCAGUUUUCUCAUUAUUGCAAUUACAAAUAGCUCACAAUAUCUUGAAUUUCCAAUAGCUGCAGAAACUGUUCUGUUCUUCCUUCUUUCCAAGGCUUCAUGCCACAUAUAUAGAUAGCACUAUUAUGUGCAAAACCUCAGGACAUAGUUAUCUUAUUUGGUUUCGAUAGAGUUUAACAGCGCACAGAAUGAUUAUCAGGAUCAAAGCAGGCCAUAAAUACAAUGAUUCAUUGUUAAGAUAAACCACCAAAAUGUACAAUCUAAGACACAAAACAUUCAGUGCUUGCAAAUAAAAAAUAAACAGGUAA